AGAAGUUAAGUUUUUGACUGGAUUUAAUUGAGUAGUUUUGACUUCCUUAAUUAAGAAGUUGAUUCUGUGUUUCCAAAGGUACAGUGUAAUAAUUUGUGUAGGCGUAACAAUGAUGAGAAUGAUGGUGGGAUCCAGCAGUUUGCAUCUUGGGAGAGUAGGAUCGGGUGAGAGGCCUGCAGAGGAUGAGCGAAGCGCUUGGAAAUGUGUCAUGUUUGUGAUUAGAGCGUAUUGGACUUAACGCAUCUUCAGAUAGUGGUCCGUCAUCAGAGAAGAAAGGAGUGAGAAUGCUUUGCCAGUCGGUAUUUAUAAGAGGGUUCCUUUCCCUGAAGGCGUUCUCUUCUGGGAGGAGAUGAGUGGACGGAUGUAGGAAGAAAAAGAUGCAUGUGUUCAUACUUCCACCCAUCGUGACUAACUGAUUCCUGCCAACACAUGCAUCUUCAGGCACUUUUCUAGUAGAUAUUUGAUAUCUGUGGGCAGCCACUAGUAGAAGAAGAAAGGAAAAGGGCGGGAGGAGACAAAGCACAGGGCUUUAAUGAAUAGGCUUUCAUUUGGGCAAAAUUGAGCAGCUGGGCCGCCACAGCCUCUAUUACGAAAACUGUUCCAGUAAUACUGACUGUGUGUGUCUGUAAAUCUCUUAUAUGUUAGUUGUAUCCAAAAUGUGGAGAGUAUCUCUUUAAUGUGCUUCAUAAACAAUGGAAGAUAUUUAGAAUACAGUACAUGAAAAAUUAUUAAUUUCUGUAUGUUUGCCAUUGUUGGAAGCCGGGGUGACUGUAAUGCCAGCAUUGGCUCCUGUUCACGAGACAUUUAAGGGAUGUUGUGUUUCAUCGGGUUGGAGGACAGGCCCUUCUUCCUUACUUCAGAACUUGGCUCUCACGUGGAGUGAGUGCCCUUUUAGGUCCCGGGGUGCAGGGGCCGUUUCUGGAUCCCUCAUGGCCGUAUUCCAAGAGCCAAGGACAGAGGCCGGCCUACGGAAGGUGUGCGGUAAAUAUUUGUGGAAUGAGCAGAUACCCUGGAAUCCUCUCUCUGUUCCCACCUGUCGUGGAAAUCCAAGUCCCCUCUAGGGGCAGGGCCACUGCAGGCUUGCCCUGUCCAGAGUCCCAGCUCACAGUGAGUCCUUUGAAUGGUAGCUGUCUAAACCACAUACUUUGGCAUUUAAUCUUUCAUGGCUUUAUAUUGUUGCAUGAGCGUUUCCUGUGUUUUGUUUCCCCACCCAAAAUACAGGCUAGUCGAGGGCAGGGAAUACAUGUUUACCCAGGUCUGUGUUUGAGAACUUCCUUGUUCAUCCAGUAUAAUAAUUUGUACCGAGUAGGUUUAUUUUUACCUAUUGAGUGAAUAUUAGGUGCCAUGGGGGAACAUCAGAAAUAUUCAAAAUGUGGUCCCAGUCCUCGCGUAGGUAGUAUUUCAGUUGGGCAAACGUUGUGUACACACGUGGAACAAUACGAGGAUUUGGAGUUACAUAAAGCAAAUAAUGAUAGCUAACAUGGAUGUAGUGCUUAAAAUGUGCUUUUACAUGUAAAUGUAUUCGACUCUCACAACAGUCCUUUGACGUAGGUACAGUUAUAAUCCCAUUUUUCACAUGAGGAAACUGAGGCACAGGGAGGUAAUUAAGUCACCUGCCCGAGACCACAAUGAGAGUAGUAAGCAGGGAGGUGGGAUAUGAACCCAGGCAGCCUGGCUCUUGAAUCAGUGUGGGUUCUCUGGGGAGUCUUACUUUAUCAAAGACAGAAAAGAGAGCUAAAAGUUGACCCUAGUUUCUCAGCUGUAAAGGAAGCUCUUUAAAAAUUUCAAAGUAGCAUGCAUGGUGGCAGUGACUCUGAGCUGCAGAAACAAUGCUGGAUUUUCCAGGCAGAAGAGGUUGAUAAUGAAAUGGUUGAGGGGACUGUAUUUUGAAAUGACUGAAGGCAAGAGGAGAAAAACCAAAUUUUGAACCUCAAAGCUGAGGGGGACUAGGACCCUUGGUAGGUGUUGAAUUCUAGGGCAGUGAUUCACCAGGACAAAGGGCAGUGACUGCUUAAGAUACUAAUUCAGUGUCAAAUAACUCAUGUGGAAGAACUCUUCUUUUUUCAACACUUUUAAACCCCUAGUGAAUGCAGUUUACCAGGAUGGGAGCAUUACUGAAGGCUUCCAGUGCCCAUCUGUCCGUUUGCCUUGUCCUUUUGUGAAAUCUUGACCCACUUUUUCAUCUUGUCUUGGACAGUAGAGCACACUCUUGGGGCCCAGAGGCCUCUUCCAACCAAGUAAUAUUUCUUUGGUGGAAAAAAACCAACGGCACUGUUGGUUUGGUGACAAACCUGGAGUGAGGUCACUUUGAAGCCAUGUGGACUUGGAUGAGGGCCUGCAAACAAAAUCCAGCAAGAUGAAGGAAAGUGGUAUACUCUGAAAGCCCAGUUUUGUGUCCCUUUAGUCGGGAGCUGACAAUAUUAUUUUGGGGGUGUUGGGCACCAACAGAGCCCAUUGAAUCCACAUGACUCGGCCGAUAGGGGAGCACACACGUCACCAUACCCGCUGUCCAGGAAUCAGAGGAGGAGGUGCCCUAGGGUGAAGCCUGGGCCACAGCCCCGGUUAGCAGCUCUGCAGGCAUCUUACCUUGGAAACAGCACAGCUUGGCUUCCGUGUCAUCGUUGAGUUCAGAGAAUCCUAGUUUCACCGUGUCCUCAGUAGAGACCAGAGAACCAGAUGGAAAUGAAGGAUGAUCUCUGUGUUCUGUUUUCAGUUAUGUAGGAGUCCAGAAUAAGGGGGAGACCUCACAGCUUCCCCAGAUUGGGAAGGAAAAUAUGGAAUGUGUUUUACCGCUGACUGAACACAACCCAAUGAACUGUCCUGACAGUAGUUUGAAAACCAGCAGCUAGCAGUUUGUGCAGCUCCAGCAUCAUCCGGCACUUUCCAGAGCAGACUCAUUGUUUACGAGAACUCUCGGCCUGACGACGUUUGAACCUCAAGCUCGGUGGCUUUCAAAUACUUCUGCAAAAGAAAAGUACCCGGAGCUCCCUUUCCAAAAUGGCCACAGAUGAGUAUCUGUGGAUGGUCAUCUUGGGUUUUUUCAUAGCUUUUAUCUUGGCGUUUUCCGUGGGUGCCAACGAUGUUGCCAAUUCGUUCGGUACCGCCGUGGGCUCGGGCGUGGUGACCUUGAGGCAGGCCUGCAUCCUGGCUUCAAUCUUUGAAACCACCGGCUCGGUGUUACUGGGGGCCAAAGUUGGAGAGACCAUCCGGAAAGGCAUCAUUGAUGUGAACCUGUACAACCACACCGUGCAGACGCUCAUGGCCGGGGAGGUCAGUGCCAUGGUCGGCUCGGCCGUCUGGCAGCUCAUUGCAUCCUUCCUGAGGCUCCCGAUCUCGGGGACUCACUGCAUUGUUGGGGCCACCAUUGGAUUCUCCCUCGUCGCAAUUGGUACAAAAGGUGUGCAGUGGAUGGAGCUGGUCAAGAUUGUUGCUUCUUGGUUUAUAUCUCCGCUGUUGUCUGGUUUCAUGUCUGGCGUGCUGUUUGUACUGAUCAGGAUGUUCAUCUUAAGAAAGGAGGACCCUGUUCCCAACGGCCUCCGGGCGCUUCCCGUGUUCUAUGCCGCUACCAUCGCGAUCAAUGUGUUUUCCAUCAUGUACACAGGAGCCCCAGUGCUGGGCCUGGUCCUUCCCAUGUGGGCGAUCGUGCUCAUCUCCUUCGGGGUCGCGCUGCUGUUCGCCCUCUUCGUGUGGCUCUUUGUGUGUCCGUGGAUGCGGAGAAAGAUAGCAGGCAAAUUACAAAAAGAAAGUGCUUUAUCGCGAGUCUCUGAUGAAAGCCUCAACAAAAUUCCGGAAGCGGAGUCCCCAGUAUUUAAAGAGCUACCGGGUGCCAGGGCUCACGACGACAGCACCGUCCCCCUCACCGGGUCGGCCGCGGAGCCGUCCGGGGCCUCAGAAAGCACGACAGGGGGACACCACCCCCGCGUACCGUACGGCCGGGCGCUGUCCAUGACGCACGGCGCCAAGUCGCCCGUGUCUAACGGGACCUUCGGCUUCGACGGCUCGGCGCGCAGCGACAGCCACGUGUACCACACGGUGCACAAGGACUCGGGGCUCUACAAGGACCUGCUGCACCGCAUCCGCGAUGAGCGGCCGGCGCCGGACGGGGCCCCGCGGCUGCUGCGGCGCAACAACAGCUACACGUGCUACACGGCGGCCAUCUGCGGGCUGCCCGGCCUGGCCACGCGCCGCAGCGACGCGCCCGCGCCCGAGGACAGCGAGAAGCUGGUGGCCGACGCCGUGGCCUACUCCCGCCGCCGGCUGCGCUACGACAGCUACUCCAGCUACUGCAACGCCGUGGCCGAGGCCGAGAUCGAGGCCGAGGAGGGCGGCGUGGAGGUGCGCCUGGCCACCCCGCUGGCCGAGCCCGAUCCGCCGCGCGACGACGCGGCGGACGACGAGAAGGAGGAGAAGGACUCGGCCGAGGUCCACCUGCUCUUCCACUUCCUGCAGGUCCUCACCGCCUGCUUCGGCUCCUUCGCGCACGGCGGCAACGACGUGAGUAAUGCCAUUGGUCCCCUGGUAGCUCUGUGGCUGAUUUAUGAACAAGGUGCGGUCCUACAAGAAGCAGUGACUCCCGUCUGGCUGCUGUUUUACGGAGGGGUUGGAAUUUGUACAGGCCUCUGGGUUUGGGGGAGAAGAGUGAUACAGACCAUGGGGAAGGACCUCACCCCCAUCACGCCGUCCAGCGGCUUCACCAUCGAGCUGGCCUCGGCGUUCACCGUGGUCACCGCCUCCAACGUCGGGCUGCCCGUCAGCACCACGCACUGCAAGGUGGGUUCGGUGGUGGCCGUGGGCUGGAUUCGCUCGCGGAAGGCCGUGGACUGGCGCCUCUUCCGGAACAUCUUUGUGGCCUGGUUCGUGACCGUGCCCGUAGCGGGGCUGUUCAGUGCUGCUGUCAUGGCUCUGCUCGUGUACGGGAUCCUUCCGUUCGUGUGACCGGUCCUCUUCCAGCCGGUAAACAAGGGAUGGGCCGGGCUGCGUGUGGGCGCUGCGUGCUGUCUCCCGCCAGCGCCUCCACGACCCUCUGUGAUGUUCCAAACCACACUGCCCACCUAGGUGUAGAGUCGUCCUCCAGAGCUAACUUGACUACUGUACAUAAUCAUGUGCACUAAACUGGUAUCGUGGUGAUAUAACAUGGUGCGGUUACUUAUAUAUUAAAUAUAUAUGAUAUACAUAGAAUAAUAGGUAGUGCUAUUUCAGACAUACUCGAAAUGGGAGUGGAGACACUUGCCUAGAAUUUGAUAUUCAACAAAUCUUUGUACAUACUGAUUUCAGUGGCAAAUUUUAAGAACCUUUGAAAAGGAAAGUGUAGAUUGGAAAAUGGUAUUUUUUUCCCAUUUAAUAUACUGUAACGUAAGUGAGAUACAGGAUGGAUGAUACCCAUUUGGGAAGGUGUACGUGUGUCAGUGUGCUAUUGAAUACUGGAACAGGAGUUCACAAGUGCUUUCACUGAAGAAUUUGUUCAUAUACUGUGUAUUGAUUAUGUAAUAUAUCAUAAUUGCUUCUGUAAAUACUUAAAACUGUAAUUUUUUAAUGGUGUGCUUCCCUUAUCCUUUUUUGAUCAGAGAAGUUUGGAAAGUACCAAAGAAGCAGGGGAAUAGUUUGCCAGUAUUAUAUUUUCAUACUGUUUGUCUCCCCUUCUCACUAAUCCUACCAUUAGCCUGGGAUGCGGCAGGACCGCCAUGCUCUGACCUGCCCUGGGGCAGGGUGUAUGGUGAGGCACCAGCCCCCAGCACGUGCACGUCCCACUUCUGGUCCCCGUCCCCGCCACCACGCUGCCACCGCUGCCCCGUGCCAGAUCUUGGCCCUUCAUUGUUGUCAGUGCAGAGAAGGUACGGCGGCGAGGACGCGUGAUCGACACUACAUAUCAAGUCCAGUUGAAAUUUCCGCCCCCUCCUCCCCUGCAGCCUGAAGGAUGGACCUCUAACCUCAGACACGGAGGCAAGUGCUUUGACAUCCUGGAAGCUCAGGACUGGGGAGGGCUGAGCUGUUAGUACACUGGACUUGAGGGUUUCCUUGAGGCCUUCACUAGGUGGAGCAGCGCCAUGUUCUGCUGGAGCCCCACCGGCGUCUUCUUUUUCGAUAGCGGGAGGAAGUGUGACUAAUGCUAGAGCCUGAAACUAUGGAAAUGCUGCUAAAACUUUUAUAUUGACAAACAUUUUCUCGGUACUUCAUUGUGAUUUUUCAUUAAUCAACCAUAUUAAAUUUAUAAUAAAAACAUGCCCCUCAAAA